GUUGUGACACUCGAUAUUCCCUAAGGACAUGAGCUGGGGACAAACACUCAGGAAUACUGCUUAGAAAACAGCGUCUGUCACAGGAACAUGCAUUUGUCUUUAAUAUUUCUGCUCCUCAAUCUGUGGGGGAUUGUGGAAGUUGCUUUAUCACAAAAUGCAUGUUCAAAGCUCCCAGAUGUUCCCCGCGCACAUGUGUCAGAAGCGACCAAAAAGCCUGAGUACCAAAACAGUGAUGUGAUUCAUUUCACUUGUGAUCCUGGUUAUAAGUCAGCUGAAACCUCCAAAUAUAUAUGUACAAGUGGAGGCUGGCUGGCAGUGAGACAGGAAACAUGCUACUCAUGUUCGGAGCUCCCAAAUGUUCCUCAUGCCAGUAUUUCAGGAGAGACCGAAAAAGCUGACUACCGAGAAGGAGACUUGAUACAUUUCACUUGUGAUCCUGGUUAUUUAUCAGGUCCAACCAUCAAAUAUGUAUGUACAAGCAGAGGCUGGCUGGCAGUCCAUCAGGGAGCAUGCUACUCUUUGAGCUGUAGCCCCCCGCCUGCAGAUGAAGGGAUAACAGUGAACGGUUUGCCAGAAAUCGGUGAUCCCAUCCUCCCUAAUCACAUACUCACAUUCAGUUGUGAGGCCGCUGGGAAAUUUCUGGAGGGCAGUUCAGUGCUGACAUGUGGUGAAGAUGGACAGUGGGAUCAUCCAUUACCUGUUUGCAGCGAGAAAUGCAGAAUCACAGAUGUUGCUGGCACCACACGGAUUGAGAGACAUGUAGCAGGUGAACAACUACAGAAAGGAGAAAAGUUGAAGUUUUAUUGUCCCGUACGUGGACACUUUCUUCGAGGGAAUGCAGAGGUUGAAUGUUUAUCAAACGGACAGUGGAGUCAUCCUUUCCCAACAUGUGGAGAACCUUCGCGUUGCGGACGGCCACCUUUCAUUGCAGAUGCAGACACCACAACCUCUUCUAAAAGUGGCUACGACCAUGGGGAAAGGGUUGAAUACAGGUGUCAGCACUACUACAUCAUGAAGGGCGAGGCUUACAAAACCUGCAACAACGGUGAAUGGACUGGAGAGAUGAGAUGUCUCAAACCCUGCACUGUGGAUCGAGCACUCAUGAACAGCCAUAAUAUCGCAUUCAGAUACACAUAUCAAGAUAAGCUGUAUUCAGUACAUGGUGAUACAAUCGACUUUGUGUGUAAGAGAGGAACAAGACCGUCCGGCACAGUGGGAAUGCGUGGAUUUUGUAAUGAUGGUGUGAUGCAACUGCCAACUUGCAAUUAAGUGUUUUAGCCUGCUGGAUAUGAUGAGCAUGAGCUGGCUAGAAAAGCAUGUAAAAGAUAAUCAGAGUUAAGUUUCAGACAAGUUGUAUACUGAUCCACUGUCUGUACUUCAGUGUUGUGUUUGGCAAUUUUAAUAAAAACAUAUACAGCAUGUUAA